AUGUUAAAGCACAGCCUACUUUUGUUCACUUUUGGACUAACUUUAACUGGAAAACCUUUCUGGAUAAAAGGAACUUUGUUUUUAGGUGUAUCUUCUGAACAGACAUCCAGAAUUUCUAAGUUAGAAAUAAUCACUCCCCGAAGUCUGACAGGCAGAGAGAAGCAUCACCCAUUUAUUCAUGAGGAGCAUUCAGAUGAGAACCUUUCUUACUCAGUUAAGACCAGAAAUGGAACAUACCUCCUAAAACUGAAGAGAAAUAAAAAGCUUCUCAGUGAAGACUUUAUGCUGUACACAUAUGGGGGAAAUGGGAAACUGGAAGCAACACAAUCAAAACAUGAGACACACUGUUAUUAUCAUGGCACUGUAGAAGGAAUUGCUGACUCGACACUUGCUCUCAGCACCUGUGAUGGCCUCAGGGGAAUUCUCUACAUUGGUGGCAAAUGGUAUGGAAUGGAACCACUCAACACAUCCAGCACAUUUGAACAUGUGUUUUAUGCCUUAGAAGACAUGCAGGAUAGUCCCUUCCACUGUGGUGUGCUGAAUGGCAGCCUCCAGCAGGAGAUGUUUGUGAAGCAGUCUGUGGAAUACACCUUUUCAUCAAACAGCACCUCUAGCAGGGACAAGCUUCUGAGGUUUGUGCUGAAGAAUUCUGAUGCUGCUGCAGUGCAAAAGGAAACAGUUGAGCUGAUUAAUUAUGUUGAUGGGAUGUAUAGACCAUUAAACAUCCAGAUUGUUUUGGUUGGAUUAGAGAUCUGGACAGAUGGAAACCACAUACCUGUAAUGAAUGGUUCAGCUGGAGAUGUACUGAGUAGAUUUGUUUCUUGGAGACAGAAAGAUCUUCUGAAAAGAUCAAGAAAUGAUGUUGGCCAUCUCAUAAUAGGGAGAGGCUCUUACAGUGGAUCCAUUGGAAUGGCUUUUGUGGGUACUGUCUGCUCACAGGUCCAGGGAGGCUCAUUCAGCACUUUGAAUCAUGACAAUAUGUUACGUCAUGCUACAGUAGUUGCACACGAACUGGGGCAUAAUCUCGGCAUGAAACAUGAUGAUAAGAGGUGUCCUGCAUCCUACAUAAUGCACAGCACAGACAAUGGAUCCAGGAAUUUCAGCACCUGCAGUGCUGAUGAUUUUGAGACCCUUAUUCUAAAUGGAGGAGGAAUCUGCCUUAGAAAUCCUCCCAAAACAAGUAAUGUGUACAAAGAACCUGUCUGUGGAAAUAAUGUGGUGGAUAACAAUGAAGAAUGUGACUGUGGCAAACCAGAGGAAUGCACCAACCCCUGCUGUGAUGCUGCAACCUGCAAACUCACACCUGGAUCACAAUGUGCCCAAGGACUGUGCUGCAAGAAUUGCAAGUUUAAAGUGGCAGGAGCAGAGUGCAGAGCAAAAAGGGAUUUCUGUGACCUCCCUGAAUACUGCAAUGGGAGCAAUGCCUACUGUCCAGAUGAUGUUUACAUCAUGAAUGGUCACCCAUGCAGCAACAUGAAGGCAUAUUGCUACUAUGGAGUGUGCCAGAGCUUUGACUCCCAGUGUGAAUCUAUAUAUGGGAAAGGGGCACGAAAAGCACCUGAUAUAUGCUUUGAAAAAGCAAAUAUUAAAGGAGACAGGUUUGGAAACUGUGGAAUGAGAGGUGGAGCAUACAAGAAAUGUCCUGUCCAGCACAGUCUGUGUGGCAAGCUCCAAUGCACAUCUGUCAGUCUCCAAAACCUUCCUGCUUGGAGUGUUGUCAACAAUGCAUCUGGGGUUUUGUGUUGGUCUUCUGACUUUGACUUAGGAUCAGAUAUCCCUGAUCCUGCUCAAGUUCAUGAUGGAACAGCCUGUGGAGAAAACAAGGCCUGUGUAGGUUUUGAGUGUGUUGAUGCAAGUUUUCUGGGCUACAGCUGUGAUGUGAAGCAGAAGUGUAAUAACAAUGGGGUGUGUAACAACAAUGGGAACUGCCACUGCAACUCAGGCUGGGCUCCUCCCUUCUGCAACCACUCGGGCUACGGCGGCAGCGUGGACAGUGGUCCAGCUCACAGAG